AUGGCGUCGGAGGAUGUGAAGCCGAGUGAAUCGGCGGUGUCCAAGAUAGUGAAUUUAGCUGAGGACGCCAAGCUUGCUAGAGCGGAAAUUAAGCCUACUAGUCAUGCUGUUCUCAGUAUCUGCAAGUCUCUUGUUGCUGGUGGUGUCGCUGGCGGCGUAUCAAGAACUGCUGUAGCUCCAUUGGAACGGCUAAAAAUAUUACUACAGGUCCAAAAUCCCCAUAGCAUAAAGUAUAAUGGUACAAUUCAAGGGUUGCAAUAUAUUUGGAAAACUGAGGGUUUCAAGGGAUUGUUCAAAGGAAAUGGAACUAAUUGUGCUCGCAUUGUCCCAAAUUCAGCUGUAAAGUUCUUCAGCUAUGAGCAAGCUUCCAAGGGUAUACUGUGGCUUUACCGAGAGCAAACUGGAAAUCAGGAUGCCGAACUAACUCCCGUACUGCGGCUUGGAGCCGGAGCUUGUGCUGGAAUAAUUGCCAUGUCGGCAACUUAUCCAAUGGACAUGGUACGAGGAAGAAUAACUGUGCAGACCGAGAAGUCUCCUUAUCAGUAUAGGGGAAUGUUUCAUGCUUUAUCCACUAUUCUUCGUGAGGAAGGUCCACGGGCUUUGUACAAGGGUUGGCUUCCUUCUGUUAUUGGAGUUAUUCCAUAUGUGGGUCUCAAUUUUGCUGUAUAUGAAUCAUUGAAAGAUUGGUUGGUUAAGUCCAAGCCUUUGGGGCUUGUUGAAGAUUCAGAAUUGGGUGUCACCACAAGACUUGCUUGUGGGGCUGCUGCAGGGACAGUCGGUCAGACCGUGGCUUACCCACUUGACGUAAUUCGCCGAAGAAUGCAGAUGGUAGGAUGGAAGGAUGCCGCGUCUGUUGUCGCUGGUGAUGGUAGGGGCAAAGCUCCUCUCGAGUAUACAGGCAUGGUUGAUGCCUUCCGGAAAACUGUAAGGCAUGAAGGCUUUAGAGCUUUGUACAAGGGUUUGGUUCCCAACUCUGUAAAGGUUGUCCCAUCAAUCGCUAUUGCUUUCGUGACAUACGAGCAAGUGAAGGACUUGCUAGGGGUUGAGAUCAGAAUAUCAGACUAA